CGUUGUUCGCUGUUCCUCGUCGUCGACCGUCGUAACAAAAAUCGGAAAAUAGUGCAAAACCAAGGAUUAAAUUCAGUGAUCUGUUAGCGUAAAAGUGAAGUUGAAGUGCUGGAGAAGCGACUGCGCUAGAAGAUCGCGGUCCGGGGCCAAGAAAUAGGACAUAAAUUGUGCCCCAAAAGUGGAUGGAAAAUUGGUGUCUUUUUUGUGGUGCUGGGUUCAGCAGAAGUCGCAGCACGAAAGGAAAAGUGAAACUCAGCGCAGUGUCUUCCUGCUGGUAUCGAUUUGUGUUUGUUUUAAUUUUUCUUCCCUAUUUCUGGGGAUUGGUUACUGGGAAGGUUUUCCAUACGAAAAACGGGAACAUUUUGUGAAGGAAUAUAAUUGAAAUAGUGAAACCCGGAACAGGAAUCCGUGGGGGCAGCAAUGAGCUGAACCUGGGUGUCCCACAUCGCCUCUGAAGCAGCGCGAGAGAAGAGGAGCCACUUGAACCGAACCACCAGCAGGCAGCAGCACCGCACACGGAAAAUGACGAAACUCGUGCAACAGCCGUCAUCAUCAUCGGGUGCUGCUGAUCAGCCCUUUCCGGAAGUGUCGGAACCGUGCGGUGACGAUCAUAGCCAAUCGUCACAGACCAGUUCCACUUCUUCGAAAGGUGCAACAAUGCCAACCUCAAAGCAGCGCCCUCCGCAGCAACACCAACCUCCUUCGUUUAGGAGAACAUCAACACGUUUGACCUCAAUCCGGAACGACAGUCUAUCAUCGUCGUCAUCGUCUGCAUCAUCGUCAUCCUCAUCAUCACUAUCUUCGGCGGCCGAUCUGGAAUCAGGACCGGAUAUCAAACUUCCAGCAAGCGAGGACUGUUUCAAAGUGCCAUCAACUACUCCGGGAACCCCUUCCUGCGAGGAUCAACAUGAAUCUGGGGUCGUUUGUCGAUUGCCUCUAGAUCGACUACAAGCGAUUCUAGGGGCGUUGAACAUUUUGAAAAGUCCUGCCGAGAGUGAAUCCGGCACCAGCACCAGCCCCAGUCCGACGUACAAAUUGCUCUGUUUGUAUUGCGAUCGCACAUUUGCCAGCCAAACAUUAAUGGCCAAACACACCGAUCGGGUUCAUCGGAUACCUAAAGAUCGUCGGAGCAGUAGCCGCGUGGUACCAGCCGUAAACGAUGGAGCAUUCCCCAAUUGCAGCUAUUGCAGCAAAGGAAAAAUUCUCAACCUUGCCUCGGAAGAUCUCUCUCAGCUUUUCAAACAUUUAGUCGAUCAACAUUCCGAUCGUUACUUCGCCUGCGAAAGGUGUGCGUUACGUUUUCCGAGCGAUGAAUCACGAGAUGCUCAUAUGGAAUCAUUGCAUCAACCUGCUACCAGCACUCCAGAAACACGCACUAGGCCCAAGUCGAAAGCAGCCUUAAAAAGCUUCAAUCUCAACAAGACGAAAAACUGCGACAUCAUUACCACGCCUCUCACAAUUCAGGUAGAUUUCGAUACAGAGGCCAUCAAGAAUCUCACCAUCGAAAAUAUUGAAGAAGUAGAUUCUCUUUCGGCUGUGCUUGGCAUGGUCAACAAUUCUUCCAAUCGGCUUCGAAGUUCGGGAAGGACCUCUGCCAGAUCGGUAACCGCACCAUCUGGAUCCUCCAAAUCAAAAGUGUUGAAAAAAUCCGACAAAAUGCUUAUGCGCACCACGGAACCAACACUGUACCGACUCGGAAUCGCGCAGCAUCGAACAGCUCGGCAAGGUCGACGGGGCGCGAGCACCAAGAACCGGCGGAAAGCCCCCGCAGACAGUGCCAGUUGUUCAUCUUCCCUCUCUGGAACAUCAUCUUCCCAGCCGGACAAUCACUACAACAAAAUCACAAAAUUAAAAACCAUUCGCUCCACGCUGAACAAUCCAAGCGGAACUUCAGAGACUGAUUUCGUAGUCUCACGCGGGGGUAAAAAUGACAUCGUUAGCACGUAUGAUGACGAUUUUUACGAGAACGUCAACGCAAAUGUCCGUCAAAAUCUCAGCUGCCAUCUGGAUGGAAAGCUGGAAGCAUCGACGCCAAAUGCGCCAUCUCCCAUGAGUCCGAUUACUUCGGCCCCGGCGAUUCGUUCUAUCGUGGUUAAGAGUCCACAAGAAGCCGAAAGCAAAAUUCAUGAGGCCACGAACCUGCCGGCAAUGACAGUUUUCCCCACGCUGCUCACCAUCGAGCAGUUCGGGACCGAUCUCCUGCCAUUGACCAAAAUAAAGAAACCCAUCACAAAGAAUUCUUGGAAAUGGAAAUGGGACUUUGUCAAGAAGUACAAGUAUGUCAACGAGAAUGGCAAAAUUGUUAAGAAAGUCAAACAACCGGUUCUCGGGCAGCGGGACCUAUCCAAGUUGGAUAUGUGGACCCAGUUGACAAUGCGAACUAAGCACGAACUGAUUCGGAAUUGUCGGAACAUAUGCAACCCAAGCAGUUACAUCUCCGACGUUGGUGAUUCCCUCCGACAGGAGCAACGGAAACAAGUCGAUGAAUUGAAUCGCAUCCUAGACUCUCGUCUUUUGCCACAAAUCAAUUUGGAACAGCACGAUCAAAGUAUUAUUAAACUCGAAGCGGAAUUAUCCGAGGAAGGCGAAGAGUACUCCGACCAGUAUUUGUUGGAAAACCAACACUCGAACACAAUCGAUGAGGAGUUCAUCUCCACUUUGCAGCUGCUACGACUAGCCGAUUCCAGCAAUCGCAAACAAGUAGUUCUCAGCGGCGAAUGGGCGCGUCCUCGAUGCUAUAUCUGCUACUGCUGCGGGGAUAAGUUCAACUCACUCAAACAGAUGGAAGAACACAAAACUUUCCGCCAUCCAUACGUCUACUCCACCUACUACGAAAUCGUCGGCAGGGAGCUUAUUGAGAAGCAGCUGUUCAAACAUUUCUUCAUCCCGCUCUCGGCCCUCACUAUGCACCGUAUUCACUAUUCACGCCUUUCGUCCUACCUUCCAACUUUUGAACGACGAUUCCCGCCAAUUCGGCAACCAUCCUCCGAGUCGACUGCCACCAUCACUGAAAUCAAAAGCGAAGAUUCCUCCUCGAACGAGGCUACCUCGUUCUCAACAACCACCUCUUCCUCAUCUAUCCUGUCGAUAUCGGCCAACACGGCCACCAGUAGCGGUUCUUCCAUGUCCUCACGAUCGGCCCUGGACGCGCUCCUCUCGGCCGGUAACGAUUACACGACCUCCUUUACCAACUACCCGGCGGAAUCUCUGCCGGUUCGGUGCUCCAAAUGCGACAAAGAGUGCGUCAACACGCUGGUCCUGUACGCACAUAUUCUCAACUGUACCAACGACUACAUCUGGCUGCAGGCGAAGAAACGGAUGAAGUACCGUCGGGCUAAUCGACGUCGCAAGGGAUGCAACCGCGCGGCACUGGCUGCUCGGAAAGCCCAAAUAUCGCAAGCCGCCGCAGUGGAGAAAUCCGAAACAGCCAGUAACCACUCCGGUGGGGAUGCCGACAGCAGCAGUAGCGGCAGCACCGCCGGAUCCGACGCCAAGAAGAAAUCGAAAUCGUCCCCUCCACGGCCAAAGGAAAACGACAGUGACAUCGUCAGACGCUUAACAGCGAAUCUCCCAGCGAAGCGAAUAUCUCGCCAGAUAUUGCAGGUCCCGAAGCAGAUCCGUAAGCGACCGCAAAUCAGCAUAGUUAAGGGUGGCAAGAAACAGGUGGCAUCCAUGGCUCCGUCCAAGGCGGGUGUACCUCGUGGGGCUAGUGCCAUAGCCCUGAGUAAACUACGAAGCGGUAAGAUUGCAGCAGUUUCCAGUUCUAGUAAAAAAUUGCCGAUAAAGGUCAAACCUAAACCGAAAAUCGUUGUGAAAGAAGAGGAAGGGAUACAAACGGAAGGAACGGUUGGUGAUGAGGACAAAAAUGUCAAGGAAGAGAAAAAUACAGAUACCAAAGAUGGGCUUGAAAAGGAAUUGGAACGUGUGGGGGAGAAGAAGGAAGACAAAUCAGAGAAGCAAAAGGGUCCGGUCGUGAAGAAAACCAAGAAGCUGGUCCCACAUGCAAGAAAACUUCCAGUGCGUGGAAACGCUUUUGCUAAUCGCAUAAUGCCGUGGAAGAGUCCAUUCCGAGCAGGAGCAGCUAGCAAAAAACUGCCGAAAAAGGUCAAAACUAAACCGAAAACCGUUGUGGAAGAGAAGCAAGAAAUACAAGCGGAAGGGACGGAAAACAAGAAUGUCAAGGAAGAGGAAAAUGCAGAUGCCGUAGACGGGCUUGAAAAGGAAUUGGAACAAGUGGCGGAGACAAAGGAAGACAAAUCCGAAGAACAGAAGAUUCCGGAGGUGAAGAAAACGAAAAACAUGGUCGUUUCGCGUGGAAGAAAACUUCCAGUGCGUGGAAAUGCUUUUGCUGAUCGCUUGAUGCCAUGGAAGGGUCCAUUCCGAGUAGGAGCGAGUAGCAAAAAACCGCCGAAAAAGGUUAAAACUUUACCGAAUACCGGUGUGCAAAAAGAGGGAGGAACACAAGCGGAAGGGACAGUUAGUGGUGGAAACAAGAAUGUCAAGGAAGAGCAAAAUACAGAUGCUAUAGAUGGUCUUGAAGAGAAAUCAGAACCAGCGAAGGAGAAAAAUGAAAACAAAUCUGACGAGCAGCAUAUUCCGGUCGUGAAGAAAACUAAGAAGGUGGUCAUUCCACGUGGAAGAAAACUUCCAGUACCGUGGAAGGGUCCAUUCCGGAAGGGAGCAUCUGGUAAUAGUCGAACACUUCGGAGUGGUAUCGUGAAGGUCACACCAUCCGGCGGUGCUAGGAAGGUUAAGGCAAAGAUGGAUACGCCCAUAAAGAAGAAAUCUAUCAAGGAAGAGUGCAAGGUAAAGAAACCCGAGUCUUCGGUCAGCGAAAAAGUGAGUAGUCCGAAGAGAAAAGGAAGUAAAAGCCCGAAGGAAGUAACAGUGGAGAAGGCAAAGGGUAAGGUGAUUGAGAAGAAGAUAGAUCAAAAAGUAGAAGUUGAUGGUAAAGUUUCCGAAGAGAGUAAUCAUAAGCAAAAACAAACUGAUGAGAAAGAUCGGGAUAAGACUAAUGUAAAAAUCAAUGGAAAAGAAAAUUCUGUUGAUGAAGAAGUGCCUACAGAGAGUUCUACGAAUAGAAGUUCACAUGUCGUUGAACAGGAAUCGCCUGCACAGAAUGCAACAAAAAUUGAAGAAACAACCCCCCUGAAGGAGAGUGAGUCAAACAAAUAUAAGGAACAUAGUGCUAAGGCAACGGAGGAGACACCUGAUCAGCCAAUUAUGUCCCAGCCGGUAACUCCAGUCAAAUCACCAUCACAAUGUUCUCAACCUCCAUCGGCGCCCACAACUCCUUCGUGUGCCUCCAAUCAUCAAGCAAACAAACGAAAACCUAAAAAGCUAAAUGACUGCAUUGCAAUGCUGACCAGCAAGCUAUCCGAGAAAAUUGGAGUGGAUUUUUUCAACCAAGCCAUUGCCAAAAACGUUGGGCCAAAAACUACGGCUCCAUCUGUCGAAACACGUGCUUCUAAGCAGUUACUUCUUCCCACCUCUAAUAUGCUGCCAUUGCAUCCUCCAACAAUUACCGCAAUGCCGCUUCAGAUAAAUCCACCUCAGUUAGCACCACUGCCUCUGGUGAUGAACACUCGACGUUCGUCAUCGUCUUCGCAACCUCCUCCGAUGCUCUCUCCGGUGUCUCCAAUUGUAACACCAAUGGAAGAAAUUUCUGAUGAACCUCUGAAUCUGUCGAAAAAUAGUCCAAUUGGUCGAAGUAUUCCGCCACGAUCGAGAGAUGUGUUCCAAAAACCAACUCACAACAUGUCACCUCCACCGCAAUCACCUACAGCUCUGCAUUCGCCUCAUCAGCAUCCAGGCUCCAUACGUCAUCCAUCGCCUCAGCCGCCCCACCAACAGCAGCAACCUGGGCCAUCAACGCCAAAUAGAAACCUUCCAUCUAUCAAACUUCCACCAGGGUUAAUCAUCGAACGCGUUGAGUACAAAUCCAGGCCCGUCAUAUCCAAGGAAGCACCAUCGGUUACAAUUGUAGCCCGACGACAACCGCCUCCUUCAAUGGAGGGUCGAUCUACGAUGCAACCAGUAACGAUUGAAACACCGCCAUCUCCCCAGCCGCCAUCUAGGCGACAAUCGAUUCAUCAGCAGCCACAUCAUCAGCAGCAUCAGCAGCAACUGUACGGUGAUCCUCGAAAGAUCACUGCGCCAACCCAUCAACAGCAGCAACAAUUACCAUCUCCGAAACAAACACAAGCACCAUCACCACAACAGCAACACCAGCUUCCAUUGUUUCCGCUUCAAUCUGCCCACCAACCAACGUCGACGCCGUCAAUUGCUUCAACGCUGCGACAGGAACGUCCUCUUGAAAAUCGUAUAUCCGUCACCAUCACGGAAGCCAAAAGUCCAGUCGCCAAGCAGCCGCCGGUUACACUGAACAUCCCUGAGCGCUUACCCGUUAUCGAUAGAACACCACCUACAGCGGUGAACCCUUCUCCUCUUAUCAUUCCCUCUGUUCCUAUCCCCGUACAAACACAAUCUUCCGGAAGUGGCAGCAGCAAACGAAGUAGACGCAAGAGUGUGUACGUCGCCCCUAAUCCAAUUAGCGAAAGCCCAACCCCAGCACCGGUGCCUCAGAUUCCUCAAGUUGUACCACCGGCGCCAGUCGUUGCACCGCCAUUUCUUCCAGGUCCUUUCCCAUUGUUUCCGCAUUCUUUGCUCGCCGGUCCACCGCUCGGUCUUGACCUCCAACGAUUGGCAGCUGUUGGUCUUCCCCCUCACCUAAAACCUCCAGCCAUUCCUCCUCUUACUGUGCCAGCAGCUCCUGCAACUGCUGCUGCUGUUUCAACUCCGGCCGCUGCCGCUGCUGCUGCUUUUCUCGAGAAAAUUUUCCUACCGAAUAGAGAUGUCAUUGUUAAACAAAUCGAAAACGCGGCUGCAGCCGCCGCCGCAGCUGCCCAAAGUUCUCCACCUGCCCGAAUUUCUCCAUCUAAAACGAGCUCAGAUUCGAACACUGCUGUUAGAGAAAAACCGAAAAUUCAACCAACGCUGGAAAAAGAACAAACUAUUAUAACCCCUUGUGCCACGCCUCCAGCUGCUACGGUGCCAGUAGAAAAGAAAAGUCGCUCUCGAGCAAAGAGCUCUAAAGCAAAAGCACAAAGUGUUAUUGUUCCACCUACAGUAACCACAAAAGAAGUUGUUCCGUCACCGGAAGUGAUCGAACCACCGCCACACCCAGCAGAAACCACUGAAGCGAAGAGUAGUAUCCCAACCGAAGCGUCAGUUUCAACACCAACCCUCGAAUCAAACGUAGAGUCAACUGUUGCUACUCCUCCAGAAAAACAAUCCAACAGAAAGAAAACGCCUCCCAGAUACGAACCAGCUCCAAAAACUACAGAAAUAUCAGUUGAAAAAACGAUACCAUUGGAGUCACCAGCCGAAAGUCAAACGGAUCCGAAACCCUUAGAUACGGACCUGGAAUCAAAAGACCCUCCAAAGUGCUCAUCAACCCCGCCUCCAACAACCGCCAAUUCAGGCAAAAUCGUUCGUAAAAGACGAAAGAACGAACUCGCCGCAAUUCUAUCCGAUCAACUAUUGGAAAGUUUCAAGGAGGUUGAUCAGAAUGCAUUGCAAGAUCUAAAAAUGAUGCACGACAUGUCAUGCGAAAAACCUGAUAUCAAGUUCUCGCUCGAACAAAUUCCACAAUUGGCCAAACGAAAGGUGAACAUACGGCAUCCGGAUCUCUUGGCCCGACAAUCUCCGGUGAUCGGUGGAAAGAAAACGCCGGCCAAGAAAGGUGUCGCUAAGGAUCAAAGCGUUAAAGAGCAUAUGACUGAUGAAGAUCAGGAAAUUGUAAAAGCUGGGAAUGAGGAAGAAGAAAAGGACACACCUGGAAUUGAAACGGAAUUCGUUGAUGAGCAGCCGCUGUUGGAAGAUACAGAUAAAGUGGGCCAAUCUAUAGUUCCCGUUGUCGAAGAUGUGCAGAUGUCUACGUCAAAGAAGACUGCACAGAAAAAGACCCAAGAAAAGACUUUCACAGCGACGCAAGACGAGCCUUCAGACACGAAAGAUAUUCCACAGGAGAUGCCAAGCGUGCCUCCACCACAAGUGAUAAAGAAGGCACCUCCGAACCGGCGAACUCGAAAACUUUCCAUCGAUAUAGAACGGAUAGCCGGCUUGGAUAGGAAAGGUCGUCAGAAUAUGAAAUCAAAGUAUUCCAAAGAAUUGGAAGGCUUGGAUAUUGCGGAAAGGUUAGAAGUAGUAGCUCCUGUGCAAAAGAAAUCGAAGGGAAAGGCGAACAAGAAACAGGAAGUUACGAAAUCCUCAUCACAAGAAAGUCCACAGAUCCAGAUGGCGAAAGAAGACGAUAAGAUGCAACCAUCUGAAACCGCUUUGGAGAAGCCGGUUGAAGAAAGAUCCGUUCCAGAAACAGUCGCACAGGAAUCAACUGCAUCGAGUUCAAGAAAGAAGAGUCAAACAAAAUCUCGAUCAAAAACUCCAUUUCCAUUCCCUAAAGAGAAGCCUACGAAGAAGACUGAUUUGGAUCGGUUAAAGGAGUCGUUGAACAUAGAAACACCUACAAUGAAACCUGUAAUGGAAAAGAAGAAGCAGGAAGAGGUCGUACAAGAGUUGUCGAAAGAUUCAGAAACAAUAAGCAUGCCGUCAGAACCGUCAAGUCAAAAGAAAUCAGCUAAGCGUAAAAGUGGAAAGGGAGAUAGUGAGGAACCAGUUGUUGAUCCUGUCAAAGUUCCGAAUAAAAAGAAGAAGGACGCUGCCGAAGAACCGGAGCCCGGACUGCUUCAAGAAACAAUCAUGAAGACACCAACAAAACGAUCAAAAACGCCUGCCCCUGUUGAAGAGACAUCUCCCAAGACUUCAGCAGCGAGGCGAUCCAAAACACCUGCCUCUCCUCUUGUGGAAACGCCAACAAAAUCGCCAGCAAAGCGUUCCAAGACACCGGCCCCUACUGAAGACAUCUCCGCCAAAACUACUUCAAAACGGUCUAAAACUCCUGCCCCUACGGAAGUGAAGCAAAGAUCUCCGUCGCCUGUGGCGACUCCCAAAAAGGCCAAAACACCCACUCCUCCAAAACGUAUCAUGCAACGAAGAUCGUCGGUAUUUGUUGAUCGUAAUCUGGCGCAGUAUUUGGAAGAAAGAGACGCCGAGCAGGAGCUUUUAUCGCACAGUUCCUUCAAAGAUGACCUGAUACUUACAUCACGCCGUGGAACCCGUAGUCAGGGGACGGUUGAUUUGGAUUUGGUACAAAGUUUCGCCGAGGCGGCCAUGAAACCUCGCGAUCCUCGGAGAAGGUCUGCUGCAGCCGUUGCAGCCGCAGCAGCUUCUGCGAAACGUGCUGAAGAAGAACGGAAAGUUGCCGAUGAAGAACGAAAGCGGAUAGAAGCGGAAAAGAGGCGAGUUUGGGAGGAGGAAAAGCGUAAGUACGAAGAGGCGGAAGAAAAUAAAAAGGUAGCUGAGGCGGCAGUUAGACCGACUGCGCCGUUACGAAGGAUCAGUGCACGGCGUGCUUCAUUGUUUAUUGCAUCGCCCCCAGAAAUCGAAGAACCCAAGGCACCAGAAGAAAACAUUGCUGAAAUCAGCAAAGCUACCAAGAGGCAAUACAGGCGUAGGGCUUCGGUUUAUCAGCCGAUGUCUUUCUUGGACGAAGAGGAACAGAUGGAGAAGCAAACGGCAGAGGAGAAAAAGACUAAAACGCCUCUGCGGUCCAAAACGCCUGGUCCUGGUGGAAUAUGGGAUCAGGAUAUCAAGUCUGUUGGACGAAGACGUAACCAGAGUUCGGUAUUCAAUGGUACUCCGGAGCCUACUAUUGAGUCUUUGUUGGAACCAUUGACUGUACCAACCACCGGCACAAAACGAAGAACCAAGAACAGUCAGCUGGCAGAAAACUUGUCCAAAUUAUUCAACAUCGAAGAGGAAAUUCAGAUGAUUGAUCGAAGCAAACGGAAACCUCGAAAGUCAAACACUCCAGUGGCGUUCGAAUCCCUUACUUCAGCACCUGUCAGUUCCACGCCGAUUAAGGAGAUUAAAGAGGAUGCAGUGGCGCCGAAAGUGUCUCCCAUCGUUAUGGAGCCGAAAAAGAUCGAUGAGCUCGUCAAAGUUGUAGAGAAGGAAGUUGCUAAGGCUAGCAUAGCUCCAAAGCCACGCGAAUCGCUCUCAUUCUCGAACGAUGAUGAAGACGAGACUCCGAAAUUGAACAAGCUGGUUGAAGAUAUCAUCAACAAAUCAGAAUCGGAGUCGGACUCCGAUGACGAUAAUAUGUCGUUGGCAUGCUUCGUGCGUCGGGAAGAAAGUUUCCUAAAGCCCAGCCAGCAUCAGUCGCAGGAAUCGUUUGAGGGAAUGGCAGAAGACGAAAGCAACAGUGCGAUGGAUGACGACAUGAGCGUGACGACGGAAGUUACAAGCUUUGGGGGCAGUAUACGAAAACGUAAACGUCGAAAGUCAAUUUGUGUGACCAAAUGUCGAAGACCCAAACCUCCUGUCGAUGACAGUAAACCAGUCGUUACGUUCAACUGUGAUCUGUGUAAGAAGGUGUUCAAGAAGCAAGACGCCUUCAACAAGCACCGCAUGACGCUCUCCCACAUAGCCAAGCUGUCCGAGCAGGAAUAUCUUGAAGCACAACAGAAGGAGCGAGACGCAGCAACGGCAGAAACGACUACAGUAGAGUGUCCUGUCCAGCAUUCUUCGCCUGCUCAAAUUGCGACAUCCGUAGCUGGUUCAUCCCCUCCGAAAGAAUUCGAUAAGGAUGGGCCUAUGAAAGCCUUGAGUCAGGAAGAGAAACUCUUCUAUGAAUGCUGUUCGAUGCUCAAAGAGUCCAAUGCGGAUAACGAGAACUUGAAUCUAACUGUUUCGCUGAAAUCCGAUGAAAUGACGCCAGGAAUGGUAUGUGACCAAGUACCGUCCGCGAAGGCCAGUGUUGCCUUUCCAAAUCCAUUCGCUGGGCUUCCCGAGCAAGACAAGGCUACGGACGGUUGCUUCAACAUGGGCGAUAGUUUUCCAUCGUUCCAAGAUGUAAGCGAAAGCGAAAACUACAUUCAAACGAUCAAUCAACGGUAUGCGGAUAAAAAUUUGUCGGAUCCAUUCACCAAACUGACCGCGGUCGGCAUAUCUCAGCAUAUGGAAAAUGAUGGAAAUCUGUCUCCACAGAACUCAACAAAAUCAACCAGUUCUCAGGCGUCGGUAUUCUCGCAAAAAACUAUCAAAACUAAAGGGGCGCUGAAGGGGUACGACAACUUUAAAGUGUCGAUUCCGAUGAGCGGAAUUCAGGUGGCGAAGGAAUCUAAUAAACUUGAUACCCUGGCGGAUGUGGCACUCUGUGGUGAUAUACCGAAGGAGUUCGAUCUUAAGGAUAGUGAGGAGGAGAAGGAAGACGAGCUAUCUGGACGCAUACCAGAAGUAUCAACUUCUACGACCCCUCUGAAUCAGAAAUCCGCGAAAAGUGAGGGUUCUCCCAAAAAUGGUCUUCAAGGUACAGGUAAGCGAGCGCCAGCCAAGAAGGACACACAAGGUAACAAACUUGGUUUUCGAGCUAAGAAAAAAGGCAAUGCUACUCCAACCAAGGCCACUGCAGCAGCUGCCAGCACAUCUUCCAGAAGAUCAACCGCACGCGGAAAGAAAACGACCAACACUGCCGUGGCGAAAACUCCAGCAAGAAAUACCAAGCCUGAUCCGGAUGAUGUGUACGCCUUUCAAGAUUCUCCACCAGAAGAAGCUGAAACGCUGCUUUCGUAUUCGUCGAAGAAAACAUCCACAAGCACCUCGUCGCCUGCCAUUGUUAACAAAUCAGUUGUAGAUCUGCAAACCGGAGAUCAAGGCGAAGACAGUCAGUUGUCCAGCUUGAGUUUCUCCGACAGAGAUGAUUUUGUGUAUGGUACUAACACGCUAAGCGAGGAAGACGAAGACGACAAAAGCAGCAGUUAUAGCAGUUCACAGACAACUCCGAAAAAACCGGUUAAGGCAGAUGUGCAAAAGAAGAGCCUCAUCAUGGGACGUAUUUUUAAGAAAGCCAAAGACAAGCUGAAAGAAGAGCCAGUGGUGAAGAAAGGGACGACAGCAGCAGGAGAACAGUCAAAGCCGGUAGCUAAAGACUUUGACAAGCUGUUUGAUACGUUGAAAAAAUCAGAAGUCGAAGAAAAGCCCGAAGAGAAAGAUACGUCAACGGAAGCGGAUCAGUCAUCGGAAAUUAUGGAUUCCCAGCUGUUAGACGAAGACGAAGAAGACGAGAAAGGCAAUCGGAAUUUGCGUAGGAGAAGUACCCAAAAGAAACUGACCGAAACAUGGGACUCAGAUGAAUACGAGGAUUUCAAUGUGAAGAAUGCUGUGAAUUUGAUCGCCAAAAAAGAUGGAAAAAGUGUAACGAACAAGAACCCGUCAAAAGAAGAAAAUGUCCUGGAAGAAAAAGAUGUGUCGCAAACAGAAAACAAAUCCGAUGAAACGCCUCUAAAAGCGAUGAAUCUAUCAUCUAAAGAACCGAUAACAACGAAGGGCAAAACUGUCGGGGAAAAGAAACCGCUUGUAACAGAUGAAACGAUUCGGCAGGUAAUGGAGAGUGUUAUUAUGGAGGUGACAAUGAACAAGAACAAUCGAGUGAGAGACACCAAACGGCGUGGCAAGACACGGCCCAGCAAAACGGCGACGUCGGAUUCAUCACGGGAGGACGAAAACCUGCCAGAGAAGGACUCCAGCGUGGAAAAUAUCGGCUCUCUUGAUGACCACGUACUGGAAUCGAGUGUUAUGAUUUCUUCAAGAACAAUCACUACCAAGUUCAAGCAAAAGCUCAAUUCGACGCAAUCCGGCAAGCAGAAGGAUGAGUCAAAGCAAAAACUAGCAGAGCAACCGGAAAAGACGACACAAGAAGAACCGAAAAAAUCGACAACUCCUAAAACCGUUAACAACAACAAUCAAAAGACUAAAGUGGCAGCGAAGGCGAAGGAACAGCGAAAAGAUGCACCGGAAGUCAAGGGUGCCACCAACAAUUCGAAACUUAAGCAACGAAAAGGUCCACCGAAGAAGAUGAAAAACGUGGCCUACGAUCCAGACAGUGACUUUGAGGACAACAUCAAGUGCAAGAAGGUGAAAAAGAAACUGCUGGAGAGUGACAUCGAAGCCAAUCUGAAGAUCGAACAGCUGAAUGCACAGCUGAGCGAUAGCAUACUGAUGCCGGCUCCUCGGCGGAAAAGAAAUGCCGCCGAGACGCUGUAUUUCUGGUCGUCAUCCAGCGAAGAGGACGACCUGGAGCAGGACUUUGUGGAAGUUUCUAGCAACAAAAGUGGUAGCGCGGCCGGCAGCAAGAAGAAAAAGGGUGGCGGUGCGAGCAAAGCGAAGCAACCGACCGCCCAGCAGAGCAAAACCCAACAGAAACAACAACGACAUCAACAGCAGCAGCAGCAGCAACAACAGCAACACCAACAGCAGCAGCAGCAACAGAAGCAGCUCGACAGUCAAUCGAUCAUGGAAGGUGGUGACGAUACGAGCAGCAGUAGCGAGCAUAUGCAGCAGCACGGCUGGAUCGUGGGCGACUCGCACAAGAAGCUGGUGACGCUGUUGGCCCACGCCAAGGGAAAGCAGGAUAACCGGCCGGUGAAGGCGACUGGCAACCGAAGAAAGUACAGAAAAUAGACGAUGGCUAAAAACAAAUGUGAAACAUUAAUUUCUAUCUGUUAUAAGAUUAAAAAUAUUCUCAUCGGUAAAACGAAUCAAUCAACUGCACCCGAUAUAGUGUGGCACCUUAGUCGGAACCGAGCGGAGAGCAAACUGCUGGAUCAAAUAGCCGGGAUUUUUUUAUACCUUUCAAUUUAGUUAAUCCUAGCUCUUUUGGAUGGGACCGACAGUUUCUACUAUCAGUGAAGAACGUAGCGAACAAAAAGGAACCGUUAUAUAGGCUAAUUAUUUGGAAUUUGGUGAAACGUCCUACCACUAUCUAUCUCUAUUGUAGAAUUACGCUAUUUGUGGGACACAGUUCCGAUCUGAUCGGAUAGUAAGUGAAUAUAAAAAAACACGUACAGUCGCGUAGGAAGCGUGACCUCGUGCUGUUCACAGUGAAUCGUACUGAAAGUAAAUAAUAGAUAUACAAUUAUUUAGGAAAAGUAAAUUGAAAAUGCAAAAAAGUAAACUGAAACCGAUGUCUAGACUUCUUGAAGUAAUUCGGAGGUGAUUGUAAUAUAAACUAAAACUGAAGGAAUGCUGAUUUCUAACUAAAAGUAAAAGCUAAAUUAUCUAGUUCAUGUAUAGUUAUAUAAGGCGUAGCUAAAACAUAUGAACAUAGCCCCCCCUUAGGAUAUCAGAACAAAGUAACAAGCAAUUUUAUUUUCGUUGUCUACACCUCGUAAACUAUGUUCAAAUUACGUUUACAAUCGAACGACUGUGCAAAAUUAGUUAAAUUAAGAUAUAGAGAGCUUUUUUUAUUUUAUUUUCUAUUUUUCGAAGAAUCCCAACCAGAGUCAAAUUUAAUGUUUUUUUAAGGUUUACGAUAUUUACGUCGCGCUUAUUACGUCGGUUGCCGGGAACUGAACAUAUUUAGUUUCAUAGUCAGCAAAACCCGUCCCGAAACAAAAAACAUUUCACACCGGAAGAAUAUGCAAUCUAACCCAGCCACCGGCACACAGUCAGUGUGUUUUAAAUCGCGAUUAGUUGAGUUACCAGGCCAAUACACGAAACCGUUAUACACUUUCAUUCACGUUCAGAAUGCGAAACUACUCAUUUCAACGUCACAUAGGUACUUGUACAUGCCGAUUGAUCACUCGAGAGCAGUCGUAAUCGUUGUGUUUUAGUGUUUUGAUAUCGAAUACCCCACAUAAUAAUAAUUAUCGGAUGAAUGUGUCAUUAUUUUAAAAGGAAAAUUUGUUCAUUUACUGCGUUAUGCUAUCCACUAUAUUAUAGACGCAGACAGUGCGUUUUGUUUUUGGAAUUACUACUUUUGGUUUUAUUUUAUAUGUUGGUUAGCGUGGAAGAUGUAUUAUAAAAACGUACAUCAGAAUCAUGGGAGCGUUUUUUUUUUCGAAUGAUGUUUGAAUUAGAGGAUAUUUUAUUUUAUUCCUUUCUUUAUUUACUAUUCUGCUGUACUGAAUCCUCACAGAAUCUAUUUUUAGAUUUCCAUUACUCAUUAUUGUUGUCAUUGCCAGUCCAACCCAUAGUGAGUCGAUUGUGUCCGUUUGUCCAUGACGUGUAUUACGGAGAAAAAGAAAAAUUUGGAUGGCUUCGCGGAAAUAACGCGCAGAGGGAAAUCCCCGCAUAGAACAAAUCAUACAUAGUGAGCGUUGAAUGAACAUACAACAAAUCUGCUGCCAUGAAGUCCAAUGAUUUGACGUACACAGAUAUGAAAAGAUUUAAUAAUAAUCAGUACCUGGCCGAGGAGUCAACUAACCCGAAACGCACGGAAUUGAUAGAGCUCAUUUUCAAAUCCAAUCCAAAUGAUCCAAAUGAUCAGAUCAAGCUGAAUAAAGUGAAGGCUCGUUUACUGGCUGAAGAACGAAAGCGACCAGGAAAAGAAUGCAGCGUAACAAAUGGCAUGGUCCUGGCAACAAAAGCAACGAAGAAACUAUUGCAGAUGUGGACCGAAUUUUCCAGGUAAAUGUUUUGGUUGCGGUGCAUUUGGGCACAAAUGUUUGAACUGUCCCAAAGCAAGGAACUAUGCUCGAGCUCAAGCGGCAGAUAUCCCAGUAGACUAAGAAGUAGCUUUGGUUCGUCCUAAUGCAUUAAAUAAUUUUACGCGAUCUAAGCUGGAGUGGAUUCUCGAUACUGGAGCUAGAGGCAUAUGGUCGGGGUUCAGCCAAACCGCACCAAGCGGCUUUUUGACUGACUUGUGAUAUUUUGUUCCCAAAAGGAAAACGGAAAGCAUUUUAUGUCAAAUCAUGCGUUCAUUUGUGGUAAGAUAUCCUACGUUGAACGAUGUCCGAUGCGAUUUGUGAUUAAUUGAAUCUGUUACAAGAAAACUUUGGCUAAAAAAUGAAAACUUUUCAUUGCCGCCCCUAUAUACGCCCCUAUAGAGUAGAAACAAGAAACUCACGUGUUUGCACUCUGUGGGUGAGUUGGUUAUCGAAUUCAAAAGCUUUAGAAGUAAACACUCCCGUAAGUCACUUGAAGGGUUGAACAAAAAUGAGAGUUGCAUUAGCAUUAGCAUUAGCAUUUAGCAGUUCGCACAAAUUCGUAGGUGGUACAAGCCAAGACUAUUGUAUGAGAGUAGCAUCACUUUCAUCCGUUACCACAGAUAUUGAUUUGGGACUAGUCACUAACUCUUAGAUGCAAGCAAUGCACUCUCCAAUAGUCGAGAUCUGUCCUGGCCACGUCCUUGCGAAUGCUGAGGAGGGGGAAGGAUGGUUUGUUGGACACCUACUUGAGAAAGAUGCAGAGAACUCUACGACCUCUCAUAGGUGCCACGGGAGGUUUUUUUUUUUUUUUUUUUUUUGGGAUUGCGUGGAAGGUUAUAACAGUAGGAAUCGUUUUGGUACAACGUGACACACAGAAAGAACUAAGAUAGAAAUACAAAGUAGGAAAGGGACGAGCCUGGAAUUGAACCCACGACCUCCUGCUUAUAAGGCAGAAGCGGUAGCCACUAGACCACCGAGCUCGUCAUGGUUGAACAAAAAUGAGAGUUGCCAACAUAAUAACAAGAGCAUCAUUCAGAAUCAGUGUAACAAGAUCCUCUUUGCGCAACUUUAUAAUCAGAAACUUUGGUCUUCAUGAGCAACCUGAACAGAAAGAAGCAAUAGCUGAAAUACAAUACGUUGAGCAACCUGAUGAAACAAACAAUGAAGAAGUAGUUCAAGAUAAUGAGGACUUCAUAUCCUGAAAAUUCUGAUGACUCGGAUUUGGCACUCCCACCACAAGCUGGCAGGAGUAACUUUCAGAAUGUAACUAAUCCAAGGACCAGUGGUCGGGAGUACAGGUUGGUUCGAAGAUUUUAUUACCUCGUACAGUGCAUUUUCUGCUGGGAAUCCUUUCCCCCUGGUUCCUGUAACAUUUAAUCAUUUAAUGAUAUUGAUGGACAUCCUAAUCAAGAAAUCUAGCUAGAAGCGAUGAAUGGGGAUGUGUCAGCGCUGGACAAGAAAUCACACCUGGAUGUGUGGUGGUGCAUCAUUUCCCAUCAGUUGUUCCGGUACCGCGUAAAUGAAAAAAAAAAACGUACGCUGAUGGCAGACCAAUUCGUCAUAAGGCAAGGCUAGUAGCGAAGGGAUUCGUGCAACGGAAAAAAAUACCGAUUACGAGGAAACAUUUGCCCCAGUAGCGAAAUUGAACACGAUAUGGGCGAUUUUGGCCAUCGCAAACAACAAGAAUGGAAAAAUGGAAAUAUGUAUAUCAAAUGUACGUGCGAAAUGCAUUCCUGAACGGUAAAUUAGAGGAGAAGGUGCCCAUGCAGUAUUUUGGACUCCGCAAAACGUUCCGAUAGAAUAGAGUUCGCCGCCGUACCGAUCGGUAGUCUUCUACGGACACGAGACCUGGACGAUGCUUUGGAGUUUUCGAAAGGAAAGUGCUGCGUACCAUCUAGAAGGUACUCCACCGAUUUGAAAUGGGUGAUUGCUUGUGAUUCUUGCAAAACACCUGCUGAAACCGGGUUACAGCCGACGCGAACUAACGAUCAAUGAUAUUACCACAGACAAACAGACAUAUCACAUUGAACAUUCACUCAUCAAAUUCAUCGUCAUUUAAACACUAACGACAUCUGUUGAUUUCAGUUAGUUGGGCAAAUCACGAACCAGAUGGCGGUAGUGAGCAAAUGUCAAACUCGAGCAAAUCCGAUGCGCGCGCCACUAGUGACCGAUUGGCCAACUAAUGAUUAUUUGAAUUGACCAGUAAAUCAGUGAACGAAGGAAAUUUGACGAGUGUUAUGUCUGUUUGUCUGUGAUAUUACCCUUACCGCGAGUAAAGACACUAUAUACAAAGACGGGAAGUCUGAUCCCUGCACAAAUAAAUCACCAGGCAACUCUGCGUGCGCAACACUGCUGAUGCUGGAUAUACUUUCCACAUUGGUCUAUACGAAUUUCAUAAUUCAAAAAUAUUUUAUUUGUAUCGUGUUCAACCACCCAAUAAAAAGCCACAAUUCACUAUAAACAUGUUUAAUUGAUUUUCAACCACAUACGAACACAUUUUUACCUAAAUCCAUCAAAAAAUAUUCAAAUAAUAAUAUAAACAUAUUUAUUCGUGCUGGUUCAAAUGAACCCUUGCCAAAUGUUGCGCGCGAUAUUUUGGAAUGACCAGGGGGAGAAGGUGGAACACUGAAUCCCUACCCCAACAUGUGCGACAUCUGGAUUUGGUUCUAAACUGUAAACAACAGUGUUAAUUCUCUACCACCUUUUUGUUAUGGCGAGGCAAUUUUUAUGCACACGUUUGUUUUCGAUAUUUUAUCAAAAUUAAACACUCAAUCAUGCAGCAAUAUAACGAUGUGGUAUGCUUGAGAUAACUGCUUGAUUAUAAGGACUCGAAAAAGAAUUUAUUUGCAGUAACUAACCGAAUAUAAAAAUGUUCACAUUAACAAUUGCGCCCUAACACCGGUUCUAAGCUUCGAUGCAGAGUACACGAGCUUUGUUCGCCAGUGACAGGCGUAUGAGGCCCUUGGGAAUGACAGGUCUCUUGCUCGAUUGGAAUGACACUGACAGUAAAUUUGGAAUUCCAAUUGGAACAUUUCCCGUCUUUGUUUAUAGUGUCUUUAACCGCGAGUUAAUUAGAUGGCUCAUGUACGUCGUCGUCGAAUACUUGUCAAGAUUGCAGCUGGCACGGAACAUUGCAUUAUCGUCAACUGAAGCAGAAUAUAUUGCCAUGAGUAGCUGUAUUUGCGAGUCCAUUUGGCUGAGUGGUUUGAAGUUUAUGUACCCUAUUCCGAUUUUCGAGGACCACUACGGCGCUGUAGCUAUGGCUAAGAAUGAAUAAACAAAAAGGGAAAAGCAUAUCGACAUCACUUUUCAUUUCAUUCGAGAUGCAGUGACAACAAGACGAAUCAAGUUGGUACAUGUUGCCGGAGUGCGGAGUAUCAUAUCGCUUUGUGUCAUGGACCCGCUAAAUGCCCAUUGCAAGCAAUAUCUAUGCGCCGAUCCGAUCAACAUGGUUUCACAGCUGGCCGUUCAACAACCACUAACUUGUUUUGCCUAACUUCGUACAUCAUGAUUACAAGCACUCAAACGGACGUCAUUUACACGGAUCUUUCGGCAGCAUUCGAAAUUGCAAUCUCCAAGCUUGACAGACUCGGAGUCGAUGGAAAUCUUCUCGAUUGGUUUCGAUCAUAUCUGACCGGACAUUAGGUGGCGGUUGCUUUAGGCGAUUACUGCUCAGAUAGUAUCCGUGCUAGUUUUCCUGCUUUACUUCAACGAUGUUCAAUAUGUAAUCGAUGGACCACGGUCAUCCUUUGCGGACGAUCUGAUGAUAUUUCUUCGCAAUUUCAGCACAUAUCAAGAAACAAAUUUUUGAAAAGGGGAUUUCAGAUGAACUAAGAGUUAAAAUCAGUAAAUCCAACAUGAGUCUAGCAGGGACAGUCGAGCUUGGACGAUUGCUUAAAACUACUGAAAAGGCAAGCGGGGCAACAGGAGGUCAAGCACACCACUCCAUACUGGCCCAAAGGAAACGGUGAAGUGUAUAGAGGCAGAAUAGAAGCAUCCUCAAGUAACUCCAGAUUUUGACAUUGAAACGAUCAGAUUGGAAACGUGAUUUAGAAGAGUUUAAUAAUACGUCUAUUCGCUAACCCUUCAUCCAGCCACGAGUCGUUGUCCUGCAGAACUGCCAUUUGGAAGAAAGUACAAGGACUUCAACCCAACGAGGCCAAGGAUGACGAAGACAUUCGUGUUAGGGACUUCUCAUACAAAACGGCAUCCAAAGCUCAUUACGGCCGUGUUUAUCAAGCACGAGAAUCCAGUAUUGACAAGGGUGGUCAUGUGCUUCUCCGUUCAACAGGGAACCUUAUACAGUGAUCGAAAGACAAUGUUAUUUAUUCGGUCAUCAUCGAGGAUUCAAAUGGAGGAGUACGUAGACGGAAUUCAGCACACCUGAAAAAGCUUCCUACAUCACCACAUACUUAUACUACCAGUCAGAUCGAAGAACCAAUCGCUGAUUUGUAACAGUCAAUAGAACAUCAAGCAACGGCAGCUACACCAGCAGUGGAACCAACGAUAUCAUCAAGCUUGGAGAGUGCUCGCCUAAAGCGUCUAACAUGGGCCUCAUCACGUUAUAAAGACUUUCACAUGACUUCUCGUAAAAACGAGGACGAGUUAUUAGAGAAAAUUGUGAACCGUAAUUAAACUGGCUGUACCAAUAAUAAUGUGCUGAUUGAAUUCGUAUUUUAUUCAUUGGAUUCUUCCGUAAACAUGGACGCAACAGUCGCUCUCUUCGCAUGAGGUGCUGGUGGCCAGCGACUCGUGCCAUGUUCUGGGAACAUUCAUUCAUUUCAUUUCAUUUAUUUAGUUUACAUCUAAACAGAUAACACUGAAUCAACGAUUUGACGCCACAAUACACGGUUCGAGGCCGCAUCUCUCCAUCUUCGGAUACGCCCCACGCUCGCCAAGUCGUUUUGCACCUGGU